AUGGACCUCAGUACUUCGCUUUUUUCUGCCUUCUCCGGAAAUGCUUUCCCCUGCCUCAGCUUCCUUGGGUUUAGCCAACAACCCGUUACUCCGGAUGUCAAUCCAAACAUAUUACAAAGCGAUAGUGAAUAUUUGAACAAUAUACCGCCUGAAUUCGAAAACGUUUCAGUCUCAUUUGUGAAAGAUAAUCUUGCUGUGAUCCCUGGCGAAUGGGAGGCUGGUGGUAUCAGGACCCCAUUAUAUGACAUUCAGUCACAAGAGCCUUCCUUUCAAAACGCUUUGACAAAGAUUAAGUCUAAAGAUUUUAUCGCAUGGGAUUUUUCAUUUUUCAACAUCAUUGGCUCGCAGGCAAAGCUGGAGAAAAUCCAGUUUUUCGAGGGAGAGCCUCCACAUGUCCACGAGGCGCCUGCAUUUGUCCCAGAAACAAAUGAACUCUUCUACGCAGACACUAGUGUCACAGGUUGGCUAUGGGCAAUUGAUGUGAAUACUCACAAGGCACGAAAAGUUGAGACAAACCCACCCUUAGCAAAUGUCAAUGGAGCAAGAUAUCACAAGGGCCGUAUUUAUUUGACUACCAACGGAGGGCCAGCUCGAGGGAUCUGGUCGCUCAACCCACUUGAUGGCACCGCGAUCCCGGUUGUAAACAACUUCCGUGGACGCCACCUCAAUAGUCCCAACGACUUGAUCUUCGACUCGAACUCAAAUAUCUGGUUCACUGACCCUCCAUAUGGUUGGUCCCAAGACUUCGCCGGUGUACAGGCACCCGAACUCCCCAACGGCAUCUACUUCUUCAACACCAAAACGAAAGCGCUAGUGGCAGUCUCGAACUCGGUUGUCUCGACACCAAAUGGACUUGCGUUCUCGCCUGACGGAUCAACUCUGUACGUCGCCGACUCAGACUCCAUUGCAGGUAAGCCGUUGGAAUUUAAACCGGCCAGCUUGCGGAAUGUCUGGGCAUUCGACGUGACAGGCUCAAUCCUCAGCAAUGCCCGUCUAGUCCACCAGGCGGAGAGCGGAUGGCCGGACGGAAUACAGGUUACCAGAGAUGGAUAUCUUCUCGUCGCGGUAUUGGGUGGAGUGGAUGUCGUUGACCCCCUUUCUGGACUCUUACUGGGCAAGAUCAACACCCCGGGUGAUAUUAUCUUCAAUCUUGAGCGGGGACCUCAAAAGGGAAACCAGGCGAUGUGGUUGUUGACUGGGCAAUAUUAUAUCUAUAAGCUCCUGAUAAAUUUGACUGAGGGAUAG